AUGGCGCUCAAGAAGACGUUCAAGCAGCGCAUUCGCAAGAAUGACAUGAAGCAGCGGCACCAGAUCGGCUCUGGCUUACGCAAGCGCAUGGGUGCCGCUCGUCGCAUCCACAACCGUUACGACUCGGUGGAUGACGGGACACGACCGAUGGAGAUGAUCGUGUCUGAGAUUGCAGAAGGUACUGCUGUGCCGAGUCAAGAGGCGGUUCUCGACCCCCGCAGUCUGACAGACCUGCUGCUGCGUCCGGCUGAGACACCCGUGGACAACAACAGCGCGUCGGCAAGCGCUAACACCGCCACCACUUCUUCUGCUGUCGCAUCAAAGUCGAACGGUUGCAGCGCCGCCCCAUCGAGGAGGGGGUCGUGGAAGUCGUCCGCACUCCUCACCUCUGUCCCACUUGCAGCCGAGAAGGUGCUGCUGUCGCUGCCCUUAGCUCCCGAUGACCCGCUUGCCUUGCCGGACACCCGCGUCUUCGAGGAGGAGGAGCGGCAGCAGCGCCUGGCGAGAGAGGUGGCGGCCAGGCAGAAAGAAAACAAGAACCUGUACCGCCACAGCGGCCAACCCUACCUCUUUUGGGAGCGUGUUGGGCUUCAUCCUGCACUCCUUCAGGCGCUACGGGAGCUGCACUUCACCCAUCCCACCCCCGUGCAGGAGGAGGUGCUCCCGCACGUCCUGGCGAGCGGCGACGAGGGGCUAGCAAGGCAGAUGAGUGACCAAGCGGACAAGAAGAGCAAGAGGCACAAGCGAGCCGGUGGCGCUGCUGGCAGCGCCGGUCAGGAUGUGGUGGUGUCGGCCGAAACGGGCAGCGGCAAGACGCUGGUGUUUGCGCUGCCCCUCUUACAGGACCUGCUCACCUCGCUGGACAGGGAGAGGGUCAGCGCCGUUGCGCCAACUUCGUCGGCAGAGACUGUGCACGAAAAAGCGAUGGCCCAGGCGGGUUCGGACGCCGCUGCCACGCGAGCCGAGCUGAAGGCGAAACGCCAGAAGCGUAUCAUGCACUCUCUCAUCAUUUCUCCAACGCGCGAGCUUGCCCUCCAAAUCCACGCGGCUAUUCGCCAGCUGACCACGUUCGCGCCGCAGGUGAUGGUGGGUUGUGUGGUCGGCGGCAUGGCCCAGGAGCGCCAGCAGCGCGUCUUGAACCGACACCCACACAUUCUCAUAUGCACCCCAGGUCGUUUGUGGGACCUGGUGCAGAAGAACGAGGGCUGCUACCUCGGUCACAGUGUCAGCCGGCGCCUGCACUACGUCGUCCUCGAUGAGGCUGACAAGAUGCUGCAAUCAGGACGCUUUGCCGAACUGCAGACCUUGCUGGAGCGCAUCCACUGCGAGGUGCUGCCGGCGGGUUUCGCGCAGGACCGUGAGGAGGGUGCCGAGCCGGGCGAGAUCGCCGUCGAGAGCGGUCGCUGGGACCCCGAUACCGAGACGUUUAUUCCAUUCGACAAGGAGGAGGCAGGCGCGACAAAGCCGAAGGCGAAGAAAUCGGUGGCGGAGACCGUCACCGAGGCGAGUGGGGCACCAGUGAGGACAAAGAAAGGCAAGAAGCGCGCUCGCGAAGCCAUGGAGGCGGCGGCGGAAGACGUCUCAUCAAGUUCCAAGAUGAAGAAGGCAAAGAAGGUUGCUGCAGAUGUGACGCCAGGAAAGAGUCGCAAAACGGCCAAAACAUCUGCGAAACAGGCAGCCAGCUUGAGGGAGGAAGAGGAAGAGAAGGCGACAGACGAGGAGGAAACAGCGAGCAGGUAUGGCGACACGAACGCCGAGACGGAGUACGGUGAUGGCCGCCAUAAGAAGGACGAGCCGCAGCCUAUCCCGAUGCCGCCGGAGCCGGCUGCGGGGCACCGUGUCAUCACCUACGUCACGUCUGCCACUCUGUCGCUGCAGACAAACUAUGAGCGGCGCGACUUCUCGGCUCGCAAGAGCAUCAUUCGCACCUCGAACGCCGAUGUGCUGAACAAGGUUCUGCAGCAACUCGAGAUCAAGCUCAGUAAUGCACAAGUCUUCUCUCUCGCGGAGACGGCCAACGUCGCGGCGCGCAUCAACGAGACGUACCUCCGCUGCCCUGACAACAGCAAAGACCUGUAUCUGUACUACUUCCUCAAGACCUACCACGACGAUCGCGCCAUCGUCUUCGUGAACGCGAUUUCCAUGCUGCGGCGCUUGGUAAAGCUACUCGAGGUGCUCGGGAUUGCCGUGGUGGGCCUGCAUGCCUCGAUGCAGCAGCGCCAGCGUCUGAAGUUCAUCGACAAGUUCAAGCAAGGCAAAAUCCACGUGCUCGUGGCCACCGACGUUGCAUCGCGCGGUUUGGACAUUGAUGGACUCAAGUACGUUGUUCACUAUCAGGUACCGCGCACCACCGAGGCGUACAUCCACCGGUGCGGCCGCACGGCGCGCUGCGGCGGCACCGGCCUUUCUGUGCUGCUCGUCAACGCUCAAGAGCACAUGUCGUUUCGCAAGCUGAUGGAGUCCCUCGGUCGGAAGGAGAGUGAGGUGGAGACGUUUGCGAUGCAGGCGACGAUUGUGCACCAGCUCCACAGUCACCUGCGCAUUGCGUGGCAGAUUGAUAAGCUGCAGAAGGAGAUUGGGAAGUCCCGUGCGAGCAAUCAGUGGGUGAAGCGGAUGACGAAAGAGGCGGACCUGGAGACGGACGACAUGUACGACGACACCGCAGACGCCGAGAAUCGCGAAAAGCAGAAGGCCAUUCGCAUCUUGCAGCGCGAGCUUCAGCUGCUGGGACGGAAGUUCACGGGCCAGUAUGGCGGCAAGGGUGCCUUCCGCACGAGCGCAUACGCUCUGGGCGCCAAGCAAGCAGAGCAGCACCUGAAGGAGCGCGCCGACCGCCAGACGAUUCGCGUGGCGAGCAAGAAGAAAAACUUUGCAGCGAAGGGCGAAAAGUAG